GACUUCCUACACCGCUACCGGGACCUCGGUCCAGCCCCGCUGCAUCACAAAGAACACCCCCAGCCUGCCUCCCUCAGCUCACCCGCACCUUCUCCAGCCUUGCUCCCCGCCCUCAUUUUGGGGUCAUCCCUCCCCUGCUGCAUGAGGGGCCACUGGGUGGGCGUGGGGUGGGGUUACCCGUUGCCUGGCCACCCCUCUACUCCCCAAGGCAGCCGCUGCUCCAUUUUUAUUUUAAUAAUCAUAAUUUCCACCCUCCCGUUCGUACUUUGCCGCAGGAAUGGACCAGCAAGUCCAUAGCUCCACGGGGCUUGCAUGACGCUUUGGCGAUGAACGCGGCCAGAAGUGGCUACCGGGUCUUCUCGGCCAACUCCACCGCAGCCUCCACCGAGCUGGCCAAGAAGAUCACGGAGCGUCUCGGUGCUGAGCUGGGGAAAUCUGUGGUGUACCAGGAAACCAAUGGAGAAACUAGAGUUGAAAUAAAAGAGUCUGUCCGUGGCCAGGAUAUCUUCAUCAUACAGACAAUCCCCAGAGAUGUGAAUACUGCUGUCAUGGAGCUGCUGAUCAUGGCCUAUGCACUGAAGACUUCCUGUGCCAGGAAUAUCAUUGGGGUCAUCCCCUACUUCCCCUACAGCAAACAGAGCAAAAUGAGGAAGAGGGGCUCCAUAGUCUGCAAGCUGCUGGCUUCAAUGCUUGCCAAGGCAGGUUUAACACACAUUAUCACUAUGGACCUUCACCAAAAGGAAAUCCAAGGCUUCUUCAGUUUUCCAGUAGACAACCUGAGAGCAUCCCCUUUCUUGCUUCAGUAUAUACAGGAAGAAAUUCCAGAUUACAGAAACGCAGUUAUUGUAGCCAAAUCUCCUGGUGCUGCUAAAAGGGCUCAGUCUUACGCCGAGAGGCUGCGGCUGGGGCUGGCAGUGAUCCAUGGGGAGGCUCAGUGCACGGAGCAGGACAUGGACGACGGCCGCCACUCCCCUCCCAUGCUCAAAAAUGCAACUGUGCAUCCUGGCCUGGAGCUGCCAUUGAUGAUGGCCAAGGAGAAACCGCCAAUAACUGUGGUUGGAGACGUUGGAGGAAGAAUUGCCAUCAUUGUGGAUGACAUCAUUGAUGACGUGGAAAGCUUUGUAGCUGCUGCAGAGAUCCUGAAAGAGCGUGGAGCCUACAAGAUUUUUGUGAUGGCUACUCAUGGGCUCCUGUCAGCAGAUGCCCCCCGUCUCAUAGAGGAAUCCUCCAUUGAUGAGGUGGUAGUGACCAACACAGUUCCUCACGAGGUGCAGAAGCUGCAGUGCCCCAAGAUAAAGACUGUGGAUAUCAGUUUGAUCCUCUCGGAGGCCAUCCGGCGGAUCCACAACGGCGAGUCCAUGGCUUAUCUCUUCCGCAACAUCACCGUCGACGACUAGACCUGAGCCUGCCCCUCUCCUGGGUUCCACAAGAGAAGGAAAUCUGCAUGGAAAGGCAAUACCAUAAAACAUAGGCAUAACACAGCUGUUUAUUUUUGUAGGAGUGUUGAGGUUUUCAGGGUCUUGAGCUGUGAGAUCUAAUAGAAAAAAAAUCAACCUGACCAGCACUUUACAAGUCAAUAGAAGGGGCCACUGGCAGUGGGGGGAAUUACACCUUAAUUGAGAGAGAUGGAGAAAUGAGGUGGUUUUGAAUUUUUAAGUUCCUUUAAUGAUUUUUUUUUAGUGUGUUUUCUCUUGCCCUGUAGGGGCAGAAAGAAAAGCUAAACAGAAGUAGCUGUCAGCUUGUGAGAAGGGAACAGGGACUGCUCAUUGCUGUGUGGGCAGCGAGAGCAGCCUCUGGGGUUGUUUCUGCCUGUGUCUCACCCCAGAGCACAGAAGGGAAUGUUCAGGCUGUGCUGCUGGCAGAGCUGAGCCAACAGCAGCUCUGUGCCAGCUCAGUGGCCUCUCCUCUCCUGCACAGCAGAGCAGGGACUUUCAUCAAAACUAAGUUAGCGGAACAUCCCGAAAGGACAGCCUGGGGCACCCCAUUGGCAGGGCUGCUCCCAUCCCUGGGCCAGGGAGCUGGGAACAGGCUCUGUGUGUGUCCCAGCAGAGCAGGGAAUGCUAGUUAAUGUGUUGGCCUUUUCAUUUUGCGAGCUUUGGAUCAUUUUUGCUCUUCAGUGACCAAUCACGUGAGGGUCUUGGUCCUCUCUGGAACACUUGUCUGCACUGCAAAACUGGGCGUGAUUUUUGGAGUUGCCUGGGGCUGAGUUUGUGGCAGAGUCUUGUGGGGAAGGGAAGUUGGAACAAUAUCUGCUUCUAAUGCAGCUGUGCUCUCCAAAACACUAACACUGAACCUGCAAUAAAAAGUCUAAGAUUUUUCA